AUGGCGAGUUCAAGCGACGGCCAGACUGGCCACCCAAGGCUAACGGCGUUUUCUAACGAGAGGGCCGCACUGAAACAUCUGUUGGACAGUCGCAACAGGCAAAUGCAGGCAGAAUCACGUCAGGCAGCCGUCGGUCAGAUGAUCGUUGAUGACAGCUUACCCGAGUUGAUGCCCGACGAGCUCGACGCUCCGCUUCACAAGAUCAUGAAGAACCUCCACCUGAACAGGGCGUUCAACACGGCGAAGGAGGCAGGAGAGAAUACGCGCCAAGCAGCAGUGAUGAAGGAGGUGACGAAGUCAAAGGACGCGGCGACGACGAAGGAGAGUGUGGAGCACAUGUUCAAAGCUGCAAUUCGACUGCAGGUGCCACAGAAAGCUGCCGAGACGACUGAAAUGACUGUGCAGUCGCCCUCGACUCCACUCUCUGCUCCACAGAAAGAGGCGCCACCUCCGUUCCGUGGUUUUUUCGGCAAAUAG